CCGUCACACUGGAAUUCUGCUCUGCGGGAGCUGAGGCCCCAUCUGCAGACCUGCUGCUCACCUGGGCAGGUGCCUCCUCACAGCCCAUCUGCACAGCUGGCCUGCGGAGUCCUCCUCAGGGGCCACUGGCCCUCACCUGCCACUGAAGGGAUGCCUGCCCCUGCUGUCCCCACCGCAGCCAUGGCCGUGCAGGUGCCCCUGUGGCACCACUACCUGCAGGCCAUCCAGUCCCGGGAGGCACCGCGUGCCCAGGACUUCCAGCGCGCAGAGAAUGUGCUGCUCACGGUGCUGGAGCGCGUGCAUGCCCUGGACCCCCGCUUCAUCGUGGACUACUCCCGCGGCCUGGAGGCCUUCCAGUUCGCCCUGCGCUCCUCUGAGGACCCAAUGGACAUGGAGGUGCCCCUGUGGGUGGAUGCCGAGGCUCUACUGAUUGAGGAACCAGAGGCCACCCAGCCAGGGGAUGGUCCUGAAUUAUGCCGCCUGGGUGUGCCCAGGGAAGGGGCUGGCCUGGAGCGGUGGACCACCGAUGAUACCUUCACUGCCUCCUCAGAGGGUGACGCCAAGUGCCGUGGACACAUUGUGCCCAGUAAGGUCCUGUGUGUCCUCAAGGACCUGCUGGUGGCAGCCAUCGUACACUGCAAGCACCACAGUCUCAUCGCGCCAGGUUCGCUGAACGCGGCCAGCCUGAGGGAGGAGCAGCUCCAUCUGUCCUUGCUGGUGUCCAGCGGCUGGAGAACAAUCAGCUUCCACGUGGUGCCCGUGGUGAGAAGGAAGCUUGGGGUGCCUGCCCUGGAGGGGGUGCAGCACAUGCCCGGAUUCCCCGAGGGCAGCUUGAGAAGGAUCCUCGGCCAAGGGGUGGACCUGGUGCCGGCCAGCGCCCAGCUCUGGAGGACCUCCUCUGACUACCUGCUCACGAGGCUGCUGGGGGAGCUGGGCUCCCUGCAGGGUCAUCGCCUGGACAGCCUCUCCAUCCUCGACCGGGUCAACCACGAGAGCUGGCGUGACAGCGGCCGGACUGACGGCCUGACCUUUGGCCACCUGAAGGUGGUGCUGCUAUGGGCCUCCGUGCUCUUCCCGGCGCCCGAGGACUGGGCAGAGUUGCAGGGAGCUGUGUACCGCCUGCUGGUGGUGCUGCUCUGUUGUCUGGCCACGCGGAAGCUGCCCCACUUCCUCCACCCGCAGCGCAACCUGCUGCAGGGCAGCGACCUGGACCUCGGCGCCAUCUACCAGCGCGUGGAGGGCUUUGCCAGCCAGCCCGAGGCGGCCCUGCGCAUCCACGCCACCCACCUGGGCCGCAGCCCCCCGCCGCGCAUCGGCUCCGGGCUCAAGGCGCUCCUGCAGCUGCCGGCCAGCGACCCCACUUACUGGGCCACUGCCUACUUCGACGUCCUGCUGGACAAGUUCCAGGUCUUCAACAUCCAGGAUAAGGACCGGAUCUCUGCCAUGCAGAGCAUCUUCCAGAAGACCAGGACUCUGGGUGGCGAGGAGAGCUGAACUGGGCCACCUGGUCUCAGCCACCUGUUCUUGGCUCCCCGACAGACUCUGCACUGCACCAUGGGAGGCUCCUGGGACGUUUGGAAGAAGGAACGGGCUUCUCCUUGAGCGGGUAGUGGAGGGAUUUUUUCCCCAGGAGUGGCCUCUGAGAGUCUUUCAGUGCCUGGUGGGGCAGGGCAGGCCUCUUGGAGCACCUCCUUCCUGGGUCAGGGCCUGGAUGCAGGUGCCAAGCUCUCCGUGUGGUGCAUGUUGACCCAGCCACGUGGUGUUGCCAAGCAAACAGCAUCGGCAGGAGACCUGGAGCUGAGGGCUUGGCCCUGCCUGCACUGUAUGCCAUUCCUUGGUGACGGAAUACUGUAUAUUUGGUUUUGAAAAAAUGAGUGUGUUGGGUAUACACAGCAGAAAGGGUACAGUCCACUUUUUGUAUAUCGGUGUGGAAAAUAUUUCUCCUAGAAGUAGAAGAGUCUCAUGUGCUGAUGGAUAAUUUUGAGUCUUCUCCAUUCUCUGUGAAUGACCCCCCUUCCCCAGGCAUCCCUACCUCCUACCUCAUUCUUAGAGCAAACUAAAGCCAACUGAGGGUGCACACACAGCCAUGAGCCCACCUGCCCAGGACUA